AUGAGCAAUUUAAUGACUAUAACAUAAGAUUAAUAUUGUAAGUAUUAUCCAAGAUUACUUUCAAAUGAUGAUCAAGAAAACUAAAGGAUCAAAUUCUAGAAGAUUGAAUUUUUGGAUAAGUUUGUAUAAAAAGUUGAAACUAGUUUUGUUUUAAAGAGUUUGCAUAAAACAAAUGAUAAAAUACAUAGUUUCAGAUUAAUAAAAAUUAUAGAAACUCCCUUCAGAUAAAGGAGGAAAAGUGAAUGCGAUGGAGUAAUUUCUGAAAAAAUUGUAUUUUUGUUUUAGUUUAUGGCAAGCAAAAUAUAGAUAUGAAGUACCCAAAAACAACAAUAGAAUAGCACCAAUUUUUAGAUAAAAUUAAAGAUUUCCGUAGAAGAGCCAUAAAAGGAAGAAUGAAGUCUAAAUUUUAGAAAUCUUUUAGGAAAAUAGAUACAAAAAAAUAGAGCUAAUUCAAUCCAUAACAUUAACAUACAAUGUCAACUCGUGAUUCUAUUUAUGGAAGUUUACAAGAUAUAAAAGUAUUCAGAACCUUCACCAAAGAUCGUCCUUACUAUUAACGACCAUUGGAAAAGAAAGACUCUGAUUUAAUUUCUGAUUCACCAAGUGAACAUAGCUUUCAUAUUCGGAGGGUAACUUAAAAAUUAUAGAUGGCACAUAAAUAAAAAUAAUUUGUUCUGCUUCAAUUAAACAAGUACAGCCCCAAAAUAUUUGAAUAAUUAAAGAAAGAUUCUAUACUAAAAUUCUUUUCAGAAACAAAAGAAACUUAACCUUAAACUCCUGCUGCCCAUUAAAUUACUACCAUAAUCUAACAUAAAUUUUAACCUUACUUUUGUAAUCCAAAGACAUUAAAUCUAAAAAAAUCUUGCAUCGCAUCUUCUUCUAGAGUUAAGACAGCAUUCUGA